GUUCACAUCAUAGAUUUGAAGAUUGGUAAACAAUUUGAUUGUUUUUGCUAGCGACAAUUAUUUUACUUUAGAAAAUGGAACUGAUCGCUCCUGUCGUAAAAUACAAUGGGCAAACAAUUGGUCGAGAUAAACUUUGUCGGACUUUACAAUAUACAUCAAAGUUAUUGGGCUAUCUCCUUCAAAAGCAAGGUGCUACAGCAGAGACACUGAAAUUGAUAAAAACUAUUGAAGUUCACAUAAGCACAUCUCGAAAACUGUUUCGCAUUGGCAAAUACUUAGAUAUGCUUCAGGGAGCUGCUCGAAGCAUGAAUGUAAAAGAUACCACACUGAGGUUUCUUGCAGUAUCCAUACGAUUAACUAGAGUUUUAUAUUUUCUUGUUGACCAAAUUGUGUGGGCAACAAGACUGGGUUUGUACAAAGCAGAUUCCAAAGCAUGGUCAAAAUUUCAGUCGAAAAUUUGGUGCGUUGCUCUAAUAUUCUGUGUGACACGUAAUAUCUAUGAUAUUUACACACUUUUAAAGUCUACAGAGAAGAAAAAUGAUGAUAUGGAAGUUUUGCCAUGGCACGAAAGGUUCAAAUCACGUCCUGAAGUUUUUGUUGAUACUGUAAAGAAUUGCGCGGAUUUCCUCAUUCCACUUAAUAUUAUUGGUGUUAUUUCAAUAAAUAAUGGAGUAGUCGGCAUUUUAGGGUUGAUAUCGUCAUUGGCCGGUGCAUCAACUGCAUGGAAUCCCAAUUUAAAACUAAAACCAUGAUACUCUAAUCAUUUGGAACUUGUGGUAAAAUUAUUGUCAAAGGGACAAUUAAGUCAAGGGCUUGUGGUGAUAUGUAUUUUAUAUGGAAAUGUUGAAGUAAAUAUAAUGGGGGAAACAAUACGUCUUACAAUCAACAAUUUUUUACAGGUGUACGUAUUUUUACAUUUAAAAAAUCAAAAAUCAACAUGUAGAGAUGUUCAAGUGUAUGCCACUAGAAUAAAAAAGUUUUUCUUCA